AGGGCUCAUCUUCCUCUCUCUGUACUUCUCGAACUUCUUCAUCAAUGGCGGUUUUUCUAUUUUAGCAAGUUUUCUUCAAUCUUAUCGUAUCUAUUACCCUUCCCUCUCUGUAUCAAUCUGAAUCACUUGUUAGAGCAAAAAAAAAAUCGCAAAGGAUUUGAGUUUCAUUGCUUGCUUCACCAGGGUAAGAUUUUGGGAAGCGUAGAUAGAUUCAGAUUUAAGGAGUUGAUUUGGAAUAUCUAGUUUAGGGUUGUUUUUGAUGGAAGCAAAGGUUCCUAGACCUAGGGGAAGACCGAGGAAACGUCAGAGAUUAGAGGAUGAGAAUCGAAAAUCGAACAAUCGAGGGAAGAAACAGGUUUUGGAGGUUGAGCCUGCAGUGCCGAUAUCUUUACUUGGUUGUUAUGUGCUGAAAGAUUUUGAUGAUAAUGGAGUUUUUCUAGGGAAGAUAGUGUCUUAUGAUACUGGGUUAUAUAGAGUGAUAUAUGAGGAUGGUGAUUCUGAGGAAUUGGAGAGUGGUGAUCUUCGUCGUUUAAUUAUUGCGGAUAGUUACUUGGACGAUGAGUUACGUGUUAGAAGGAAUAAAUUAGAUAAACUUAUACUGAAGGAGGAGAAAAAGAAAAGAAAUUCCCCGGAGAACAAAGCGGUUGAGUUGCCAAAUCAAGUAAAUGGAGAGCAGGCACCAGCAGUUACGAAAUCAAAUUCUCAAGCAGAAGUUGAAGGUGGUGAUUCAUAUAGUGACUCAGAUUUGUCUGAGAGUGAAGAUAAGAGAGGUUCAGAUCUUGACACUGAGGCUCCUAUUGUUCUACCGGUGGAUUUACCUCCUUCAUCUGGGACAAUUGGUAUUCCAGAGGAGGCUGUGGCACAUCUCUUAUCUGUAUAUGGGUUCUUAAGGUCAUUUAGUUUUCAGCUAUAUAUCUGCCCAUUUGAACUCAAUGAUUUUGUGGGAGCGUUGAAUUUCCCGGGACCAAAUUCUUUGUUGGAUGCUGUUCAUGUGGCCUUGAUGCGGGCGUUGAAGGGUCAUCUUGAGAGACUUUCCUCAGAUGAGUCUGUCCUGGCUUCAAAAUGCUUGAGGUGCAUUGAUUGGAGCUUGCUUGAUGUGCUAACUUGGCCUGUUUAUUUGGUUCAGUACUUUACUGCGAUGGGGCAUGCUAGUGGGCCUCAGUGGAACAUUUUUAAUAAAUUUGUUGUGGAAAAGGAGUACUACUCCUUACCCAUUGGGAUGAAAUUGAAGAUCCUACAAAUUCUCUGUGAUGACAUAUUUGAUGUAGCAGAUCUAAGAGACGAAAUAGAUGCUCGCGAAGAAUCUGAAAUUGGAUUUGAUCCUGAUAGAGUUGCCACAGGUCUUCCUGAAAAUGUACCUAGACGGGUCCACCCCAGAUUCGCUAAAACCUCAGCUUUCAAGGAUAAAGGGGUUAUUGAUAGCUCAACAAACGAGUCUAAAGAUUUGGAUUCAAGAUGUACUGAAGGCGGUUCAAAUGAAGUUAGCUCAGAUCUAGAUGGAAACAGCGACGAAUGUAGGAUUUGUGGAAUGGAUGGAACCUUGCUUUGUUGUGAUGGAUGUCCUUUAGCAUAUCACUCAAGAUGUAUUGGUGUGGUCAAAAUGUAUAUACCAGACGGGCCAUGGUUUUGUCUAGAGUGCACUAUUAACAAAAAGGGGCCGAAGAUUGCUCAUGGAACCUCACUUAGAGGAGCUGUACAGUUUGGAAUGGAUCCACAUGGGCGACUCUUCUUGGGUACUUGCAAUCACUUACUGGUGCUUAACAUAUCUGUUAAUGGAGAUGCAGUUAUCAAGUACUACAGUGUCCAUGACAUAUCAAAAGUUGUACUAGUGCUUUUAUCUGCAUCAAACCAUACACUAGAAUAUCUAGAGAUUUGCAAAGCGAUCACCCAAUACUGGGAUCUUCCUGGAGGUAUGAUCUCCUUGAGAGAAGGGGAGACUGGUUUAGCUCAAGCAAAGGAUAGAGAGGAUGGCAAGGUUACAGAGAUGACUAAGUCAGAUAGUGAAAAUAUUUCCAGUAGAAAUCAUACCCAAACUGUGUUUGACCUCCCGCCAUCUUCUUUGGGUAAUAUCGACAAUGCUGUUACAGGAGGUUCAAGUGGAAUACAGGGGAAGAAAUUGGCUACUGGGGUUACCUACUUGGGUUUAUCGUUUAAACCCCACGCAUACAACAAUCAUUACACAAAUGGAGAAUUGGCUGUAUCUGCUGCUGCCAGUUUGGCUGUCCUAUCGUCAGAGGAAACCCAUGAACCUGACCUUCGCAAGUACAAUAGUGCCAGGAAAGCUGCAUCAAGUAACAUCUUAGUGCAGAUGAAAGCAUUUUCAUUAGUAGCCUCACGUUUCUUCUGGCCAAGUCCUGAUAAGAAGGAGAUUACCAGGGAAAGAUGUGGUUGGUGUCAUUCUUGCAAACUCACAUCUGCAAGCAGGAGAGGUUGCAUGUUAAAUGCAGCUGUAACGGGUGCCACUAAGGGUGCAAUGAAGAUCUUCAGUGGUCUUUUUCCUCUAAAGAAUGGGGAGGGAGUGCUUUCAAGUAUUGCAGCAUAUAUUCUAUACCUAGAGGAAAGCUUGCGUGGUCUGAUUGCUGGCCCAUUUCUCAGUGAAAGUCCCAGAAAACAGUGGCGUAAGCAGGUAGAGGAAGCCUCAACAUGCAAAGCCCUAAAAGCACUCCUACUUGAACUUGAGGAAAAUAUUUGCAGUAUUGCUCUGUCAAGCGAGUGGUUUAAACUGAUGGAUGACUGGUUGGUAGAACAUUCUAUUUUCCAAAGUGCUCCAGUUACUGUUGGGGUUACACAGAAACGUGGACCUGGUAGGAGGAAGCAAAGGACCCAGGCUGAAGUUACAGCUGAAGGUUCCGACGAUGAUAGCUUUACAUGGUGGCGAGGAGGGAAGUUAUCAAAAGUUAUUUUAUUGAAAGCAGUUUUGUCACAACCGGCAAUAAGGAAAGCAGCUUGGCAAGGGGGUUCUCAAAAGAUUCCUGGAUUUAAUUAUGGUGAUGCUUCUUACAUCCCUAGGAGAAGCAGACGGUCUAUUUGGAAAGCUGCUGUUGAAAGUAGCAAGAACAUAUCUCAGCUCGCUCUUCAGGUAAGAUAUCUAGAUAUGAAUUUAAGGUGGAGUGAACUUGUACGGCCAGAGCAAAAUCUCCAGGAUGUCAAAGGCCCAGAGACAGAUGUUGCCAUUUUUAGAAAUGCUCGUAUAUGUGACAAAAAGCUUAGUGAUAACAAGGUUAGCUACGGAGUUUUCUUUGGAAAUCAAAAGCAUCUGCCAUCACGCGUCAUGAAGAAUGUAAUUGAGGUCGAGAAAAUUCAAGGAAAUGAAAAGUAUUGGUUCCAAGAAGCCCGUGUCCCCCUAUAUUUGAUCAAAGAAUUUGAAGAGAGUUUGCAUAGAGUACAAAUGCCUUCUUCAACCAAGAAGCCGUCCAAUAAAUUAUCAAAGCUUCAGAGAAAGCAGCUGAAAGCUUCCCGCAUGGACAUAUUUUCAUAUAUAGCCUCAAGGAGGGACAAGAUGGAGAAAUGUUCUUGUGCAUCAUGUGAUCAUGAUGUUCUAUUGCGGGAUACAACAACGUGCAGUUCUUGCCAAGGAUUUUGUCACAAGGAGUGCACUUGGAUGUCACAACACACAAAUGGAAAAGUUGAAGUUCUGGUCACCUGCAAACGGUGUUACCUUGCAAAAAAUCGAGUUCCAGCAAAUAUCAAUCACAGACAAUCGACAACACCCCAGCUCACGAUCAACGGACGACAUCAAAAUGCAGUCACUCCAGUCAUCAAGAUUAAGCCUCCUAGUCAACAGAUCAACGGACGACCUCAAAAUGCAGUCACUCCAGUCAUCAAGAUCAAGCCUCCUAGUCAACAAUUACCAUCCCAGAAACCACGGGAGAACACUUCGGGAGUUAAAAAAAUCACUCCUGAAUCUACUGUGAAAUCCAAGAGUAAACAAAAGACACUGUCCUGUGGAGUCAUAUGGAGGAAAAAGAACGUGGAGGACACUGGUGUUGAUUUCAGGAAUCAAAACAUUCUCUUGGCUGGAAGAUCAGAUCAAUCGGGUCUGGAACCGGUUUGUGGGAUCUGCCUACAGCCGUACAAUCCUGGUUUAACGUAUAUUCACUGUACAAAAUGUGAAAAGUGGUUCCACACUGAAGCUGUUAAGCUCCAGGAUUCACAAAUUCCUGAAGUUGUUGGGUUCAAAUGUUGCAAAUGUCGACGUAUACGAUCCCCUGAUUGCCCUUACAUGGAUCCCAAACUCAUGGAACAGAAGCAGAUCAAAAGAAUAGUCUUCAAGAACCAGAAACAGAGGCAAGGAAAUUCCGGGUUGGAUUCUGAUUCUGAAAGAAUGUCUGAACAAAAAGACUCGAAACCUUCUACUCCCUUACCUGUCACUCCUUUAUAUCCUCCUGAAGACGUAUUUAUUCCAGAGGAUGAUCCUCUCCUGGUCUCAGUUUCCAAAGUCGAACAAAUAACACCCAGUAGUUUCGAUCUUGAAUGGAGCACCGCUGCUUUUGCGCCUGGAUCCCAAAAGCUACCGGUUAGAAGGCAAGUGAAACGAGAAGAUUCUAAUGCAGGCUAUCCUGAACUGCAGCCUAUUGUGAAACCCGAGGCAGAGGAGCAAGCUUUACCUGUUCUAACAGAAUGGGAUUCGUCUGGUGAGCUACUAUUCGACUACGAGGACAUGGAAUUUGAACCACAAACUUAUUUCUCGUUGACCGAGCUACUGACAGCCGAUGAUAGUGGUGGUGGUCAGUACGAGAUAAAUGGCGAUAAGAUUGUUUCAGGAAACCCUCACUUCGAACCAACAGAAGAAGAAGAGUGUGAAGAUAUGGGUCCAUGUCAGAGAUGUUCGCAAAUGGAUCCAGCGCCUGAUCUUUUGUGCACGGUUUGUGGAUUGCUAAUACAUUCUCACUGUUCUCCAUGGGAGGAAGAUCCAUCAGCGUUACCCGGAAGUAGCUGGAGCUGUGGUCAAUGCCGUGAGUGGCAGUAGCUGGACCCUCGGAUUUCAAGCCCCUUCCCAAAUUUAACUUCCACAUUCUUUGACAUAAUGAAUCUGAGCGAAAAUUGUAUCCUCCUCGUUUCGCUUAUUAUGGCAGAUGAGCUUGAAAUUUCUUCUUUUUUUGGGGGUUUGUGCUCGUCUGCUUGAUUUAUCUUCGUAUAUAGAGUGGAUAAGUGUUUUCUUAAUAUUAUUGGUUUCGGUUCUGUGUCUUCGAUAUGCUUCAUUAUUUAUGAAUUUCUUUCUCCGUAGUAAAAAGAUCAAUUCCAC